UUUAAAAAAUUUAAUCAAAUAAAGAUAUUACCUGUACUUUUGAUUAAUCAAACACCGAAAUUUUUAAGUUCUUCAACCAAACGUACAGACAAUACAGAGUUUAAACCAAUUUAUAAAUUUCCUUACAUAAGACUUUUACAGGCAAUUAAUAAAUUAAAAAUUUAUCAAGGCAUUACUACAACAAUUGCAAUCCCAUUGUCGGGUAUAUUUCAAUUUAUUGGAGUAAUCGAUGAAAAUUAUUUACCUAUUAUUGCAGCUUUAGGUGUAACGGGUACAAUAUCACUUACUGUAUUAGGAAAAGUUACAGAAAAUUUUAUAGGAUUUAUGUACAUAAAUAAAGAUGGAACCUUAUUAAGAAUAUCUUACUUAGAUUUUUGGUCAAGACGAAAGAAUGUGGAUAUACCAAUCGACGAUAUUGUUCCUUUAUCAGACAUGUCUACAGCGUUAACUGAUAAAUUAUACUUAAAAUUAAGUAGAUAUUCGACUGAAGAUAUUUACAAGAUCAAUUUACAAUACGGGGAAAUUUUAAAUUGGGAAUGUGUAGAUCAGGUUUUAGGACCAGGGGAACAAAAAUAA